GUGCUACCACUCUUGUCUUCACUGCUGAGACUGUAAAAAAAGAGGACAACUUUGUGUUUGUGGUAAGAAAGAAAGUGGGGGAAACCGAGGCAAGGAAGAUAUAGAGCUGUGUAAUUUCUAGAAACAAAGAGGGAGCAGAACUGUGUGAUUGGAAGAUGGUUUGUACAGGUCGAAUUUUGGCGGUUUCGUACUCUCCGACGACCUCGUUUCAUCGCAAUUAUCGGCACUCAAACUCCAGAUUUCUUCAAGGAAACCUCAAAUCGAAUCUGAAAUGGCGAUGCAUGGCGUAUGAGCCGGAGGCUUCUUCUUUUGCAUCUUCAGUUGAUUCCGAUUCUUCCGAUAAAAACUCCACUGGCUUUUGUAUUAUUGAAGGACCCGAAACAGUACAGGAUUUUGCCAAAAUGGAACUGCAAGAAAUUCAGGAUAAUAUUCGAAGUCGGCGAAACAAAAUUUUCUUGCAUAUGGAGGAGGUUCGCAGGCUGAGGAUACAACAAAGAAUUAAAAAUGCUGAACUUGGAAUUCUAAAAGAAGAACAAGAAAAUGAACUCCCAAAUUUUCCAUCAUUCAUUCCAUUUUUGCCUCCUUUGAGUUCAGCAAAUCUGAAACUAUAUUAUGCUACAUGUUUCUCUCUUAUUGCUGGGAUCAUCAUUUUUGGUGGUUUACUUGCACCAACUCUGGAGCUUAAGUUGGGAUUAGGUGGCACAUCAUAUGAAGAUUUUAUCCGUAGUGUGCAUCUUCCAAUGCAGUUGAGUCAGGUAGAUCCUAUAGUGGCAUCUUUUUCUGGAGGAGCAGUUGGAGUGAUCUCAGCCUUGAUGGUUGUUGAAAUAAACAACGUAAAACAGCAGGAGAAUAAAAGAUGCAAAUACUGUCUUGGAACUGGAUACCUUGCAUGUGCCCGCUGUUCAAGCACAGGAGCACUUGUUCUUAUUGAACCAGUCUCAACAGUGAAUAGUGGAAGUCAGCCUCUAUCACCGCCUAAAACCGAAAGAUGUUCAAACUGUUCAGGAGCAGGAAAGGUCAUGUGCCCCACCUGCCUCUGUACUGGGAUGGAAAUGGCGAGCGAGCAUGACCCACGAAUAGAUCCCUUUGACUAGAGUCGCAUUGUUUCCUCCAUGCCUCUCACAUUAGUCGAAAAGCUUCUGUGCAAGGAAUUUCCAUGUGACCAGACUGAGUGAUUUCUGUAUAGAUCCAAACAACUCAUAGGUACAUGGAACACCGCUAGGGUUAAUAAACUGUACCUGUUGUAUUGUAUCACCUUAUUUAUUAUGCACUUGGCUCCCACCAUCUUAAUCACUGGUAACAACAUCCAUUCUAUGAGAUGAUACUAGAGAAGGAAGAAGAGCUUUUACACCUUGCUUUACAAUAUCUAAGUUGAUUUUUGAAAUUGUAAUUCCCAUUGCAAUAAGUUUCAGAGUAUUUUGAUUAAUUUGUGCCUUUUUA